AUGUCUCCCAUGCUCUUCAUGCUAGUCAUCUCUGAAAUGGAGAGUCGGCUCGCAGAAUAUAGCCGAGGCUUCGACCUGUCUUACAUGGAGGAAGGGGCCUAUCGCAAACGCAUUCUGCCAGCUCUGCUGUACGCAGAUGACAUUGUGGCACUAGCAGGCAGUGUCUAUUACCUCCAAGCCAUAUUGGAUGCCCGCUCGGAAUGGGGCACAUCACUCGGGCUGCGCUUUAAUGCGCAGAAGUGUCGGAAACCUACACGUACCCGUAAGCUUGAAGCUCGCAGCGCCCUGUGGCGAGACCCGAAUUGGCCUCCAAGCGCAGAAGUUGGAGUUCACGUUCACCCGCAAUCGCAGGAGCCGCAGCCGGCGGGCAGCGGCGGCGGUUCGGCCGAGCCGUGGCGCCCGGCCGCGGCGGGCCCCGGCGGCGGCGGGCCCGCCCCUCUGCUGACGGGGCUGCUCGCCGUGCUGGGCACGCUGGCGCUGGCGGGCCUCGUGGUGGCCGUGCUCGUGCGGCGGCACCGUCGGCGGCGGGCAGCACGGCGCGCGGCCGCCGGCUCUCUGCACAAGUGCAUGCAGCAGUACGUGACAAACCCCACCUACUACUCAUCGGCUCCGGAGACGCCGCUGCGAAAGGUGCUUCACGACGUCGAGAUAUCUGCCGACUGCAUCCGCUUCGUUGAGGAGAUCGGCGAAGGGUGCUUCGGAAAGGUCCACAAGGCGGUGUACACGCACCCUGACGGCAGCGAGGAGGACGUGGCCGUGAAAGUGCUCAAGGAGAGCGUGUCCAACGAGGCGCAGGCGGACUUCGAGCGGGAGGUGCAGAUUAUGUCCAGCUUCAAGCACGAGAACAUCCUCAAGCUGCUUGGCGUCGUGUUUAAAGAGUCCGGUUCCAUACCCUGGAUGGUCUUCGAGUUCAUGACGUACGGAGACCUGGCGGAGCUGCUCCGAGCCAACGGCUACGGUCGUGACUCGUCAACCAGGAAACCUCCAACUCAGCUCACUCUGUCGGACCUGCCGUGGCUGGCGACGCAGAUCGCGAGCGGUAUGUGCUACUUGUCGUCCCAGCACUUCGUGCACAGAGACCUGGCCACAAGGAACUGCUUGGUGGGCAAUGACCUCUGCGUCAAGAUCUCCGACUUCGGAAUGUCCCGCGACAUCUACACCUGCGACUACUACAAGAUACGUGGUUCCCGCAUGCUGCCUGUGCGGUGGAUGGCCCCCGAGAGCAUCAUGUACGGCAAGUUCACCCUCGAGUCCGACGUCUGGUCCUACGGUGUAGUCCUGUGGGAAAUCUUCACCUUCGGAAAGCAGCCCUACUACGGCCACUCGAAUGAGGAGGUGGUGAAGCUGAUCCUGCAGGGAAUCCUGCUGAGCCCGCCCGAAGAGUGUCCCCCGCACGUGUGCACCAUCAUGGCCGGCUGCUGGAAGACUGAGCCGCGCGACCGCCUCAGCUUCAACGACAUCUACAAGCGGCUCGUGGACACGUACCCGCCACCUCCGCCGCCGCAGGACGAGCCGGAGCCCCUCGAGGAAGAGCUGGACAGCGAAGACUACCUGGUGCCCAAGGCACCGGCCGCGCCCCGCCACCAACCCUGGUGAAAGGAAAGCGCACACACGUCCGCGCGCUCAGUUCGCCUCCUCUUACCACCAUCCGGAGGCCAGUGACGCGUUUGGAGGUCAUCAGGCUCGCAACCACGCUCACCAGAUGGUUGGCGGGAGUUCAUGGUAGUUCAUUGGAAACGACAGUUUUGCCGCUGUUGCUCGCCGAUCGGGUGGUUCUCGGUUUGUGUGUGAUGUACGGUUGGUGACGUGGCUGUGACUACGGCACGGCUGCGUUUCCACACCCUGGAGCUCAUCGGAAAAGGCGCAACGUUAAGACUUCAGAUCGUAAAGUCAAACGUUUUGGAGUAGCAUCUGGUUUUCGGGAACGGAAUGUUACAUCCUGUAGUAAACGCUGCGCCGAAAUGACCUGACAUGAAAGCGCGACGGGUGGCGUGCGCUAAUUUAAGGUUACUGUGCUCAAUUUCCUCUAACAACGCCUAGUCAGCUGACGACAGUAUGGUCAGCCGUGCAACUGAGCGAACUAUUACUUCAAAAACUGCGCUCGUGCACACGACGCUUGCUACAGCCGCCAUCAUAAGCUACAUGUAAUUCGAAAGCUGUGCCGCAAUCGCCAUUUGCUGCACACUUCUUGCGGUGUAUGUACGGAAAUGAAAGUGAAUCAGGGUUGAUGGCAUGGUUAUUUUCUUUCCCGUGCAGGGACGGCUUUGACCGCAGCAGUGGCAAACGUGUCGCAUCGCCACAAAAAAUCCAGCUCUCGUUAAUCGCCUACCUUGACGGAGACCUUCAGAGGCUUCUGUUCGGGUUGUUUCAUUUUGACAUUGUUCACGACAGCCUUCUCCUCACGGAAGUUAAAAGAGGAACUGUUACCGUUCGCAGGAACUGCUUUGUUGGCAAAUUUGACGCAACGAAUGCAACUGAUAGAGUGCAUAAGCGCGACUGAACGAGGACGUAGAAAGAAACAGAUACACAGAGAAGCGCUAUAAUCAGUGUAUCUGUCUGUUUCUACGUGCUCGUUCAGUCGCGCUCAUGCACUCUAUCAUGGAUUCUAACCAACUAGCCCGCCAGCGUGUUUUAACCAAAUGCAACUGCAUUGAUCGCGCAAAAAAACAACAAUAAAAGACGUUUUAAGCGUGCUCGUAAAAGUUGAAUGAGGCAGCCUUGGCCAAGCACCAACCUUGGGGCUACUUGAGAAAUGCUAGUUUUACGGACAGAGAUAUAACCAUAGUUCGCUUUCCGUGUGGAGCGGUAAUAAGGCAGCUAUACAUGCUAACAGGUUCGAAAUAUGCUACUGCGCUUGGUCAACGUCUUCCUGCAAACGUGCGUCCGCCUGUAUGCCUGUCGUAAGCGAUUCAUCUCGCGAUACCUCCUUUACCGAUUUCCUUUAGAUGCCAUCUGUGGCGCCACAUGCCCCUUUGCGUAAACCAGUCUCGCUGUGUAAUCUGUUUGGAGUACAUGCACUCUCACCUGUAUAUGCUUCUAUUUCGUUUGUUCGAGCAGUGUUCGUGUUUCUAUUUAUUCUAUUUAUUUCUUAGCGUGUAUACAAAGUGUCGCGGUAUAUCUGUCUGUGUACAUAAACUGCAUCAGUGCAUCCACAUAUGUGCGUAGGCCACGUUUGUCCUGUCUGUACAGUGUUGCAUGAGAUGCUCCAGUCUGUUAGCCAACGCGCCAGCGAAAGCACAAAGUCAUGUUGAGUGCCACACACAAGCCAGAAUGGCUAACCUGGUGGAGCUACGGUGACCCAGAACGAACUGUAGACUGUGUUGGCGAAGGUGUUAUGCUUUUGCGACGCCUCACGUAGGUAAGCACCGCGAGCCAACCUCAAUCGCUUAUUACUGCUCAUUCAUUCGCCUAAAGAAACCAGCGCAGUACAGUUCCCUUCUUAGAAGCAUUUAAUGUGUCAUAUAUGAAGGCAGUGCCACUCCACAUGCGUGCUCGUAAGUGGAAGCACCAUCACACUCAUGCGAUGCUUAACGAAGCGACGGCGCUUGGCCUUAAAUUCGCUGGCUGGGUUUCAGAGUUCCUUCACGCUGCUGCAGAUGCCCCGGAAAUGUCAUCAAGGUGUCCGGUAACACUUGUAGCCGCCGUUAAAGUCAAUUUGAGGCGUUCUAACAGCGGCGACACAGGCCCGAACUGUGACUCUAGCGCGCUUUCCCGAAGUGACACAGCACUGCGGUCUGCAGAACGCAUAACACUUGAAGCUAUGGAACACUGCGCAUUCCGUGGGCCAUUGCAGGAUCGAGUAAGUAGCCAUAGUGUCGCUGGCUGCCCCGAACGCGCAAACGCGCAGCAGGGCAAGCUUGCACAGUUGCAAAGAACACGCAGUCCUUCUGGGUCACCGUGGCACCAUUUCUGUACCUUACUAUACUCACAUAAUCACAUUACGACAACCGUCCCUGCCUAAGGGCUACUCUGGAAAGCAUAUCCCAAGCGAACGCAGUCGAGUUCCUUUCAAAGACGGCUUCGUUGAGGCCGCGUGCAGAACCACUUUGAGUGAGGUUUACGUAAAACUCGAAAUAUUUGUCAUCAAUACGACUCUACGACGGCGGUUACAUUUGAGCAAAGCUCGCGCGAAUAUCAUGUUGAAUAGUAACGGCUUUACGGGUGUUUCUCUUGUUCGUUGUUUUGUUCAGUUCGCCAGAGUCUACGAAUGCAGUGUCUGUGAUAGAUAUUUGUCCCGACGAAAAUGUACGCAUCGGCGUAAGCUUUCUUUUUUUUUCAGAUAUUGAUGCACAAUAUUGAGAUGUUGAUGCAUAGAAAGUUCACUUGACUGAACAGUACAGCAUACUCCUGUUGCUUAUUUUCGCGUUACGCCAGCGGCAAGUCAUGCGACGAAGUGUUCAGCGAGUUAUAAAAGCAGGCGUUGUUCAUGUUCGCAUUUUGGCGAGCGCAACGUGACAACCACCAUUUGUGUCGUAACAUCUGUUCGAUAUCAUAAGCACAAGCGGGUAGGCUAAGCUACGAACAUUGAAAUACAGCUUCUGCUUGUUCUAGCCGGUGCCUGACGGCAGAAUUGCUCAACACUGUACUUGUUUUAUUUUCCUAUAUUUUUCUACGGGUAUUUCUCUUCAAGUUGUGCCGUUUCCCGCCGUAAUUCGCCUCGACACUUUAUUUACGAGUGGAAUGCCGACUUGAGUACGCACUUGUCUUACCGUAGUUAAGACCAUGCACACGGAGCCUUUCUAAUUACCUGGUCAGUGCGUUUCACCAGAAACGUUUAAAAACACGAUUCACCAACUAUUCUUUCAACUCAACACACUAAAGAAAAAAAGAAAAUGUUGAGGAAGAGGUCAGUCUGUGGCAUUGGCGCUAUCGCAAUAAAGACCCAAAGGAAAAGAGCACAAAACGUGAAUGCUUAAAUACCCAAUACCAAUUAUCGUAGGAAACGGCGAGGAAAGAUUACAGUUACUAAAUUGGGGGGAAAAAAAUUAAACUUUCUCCACGUCUCACAUUACGCCGUCUGGGUUGCACUUAUUCGUGAUGGUACGCGAUAAAAUGUCGCACUCAGAUCGAUGAAAGCCCGCUUUCCGAGAAACGCCUAGUCCAGCCCGGAACGCGGCGCCAUUUAUCACGCGUUGUGCACAGGCCUCAAAGCGAGCAUCCGUUAGCGCGCCUCGCGGUGUAAUUAGUAAAGCGACGGCAUCAGCCGACGAGCGUCCUUAUCCAGAACAGCCGCAUUAAGAGUCUCUUAAUAUAUUUUUUUUUAUGCGGACGCACACGUACGCACGAUGUCACCACGACGUGUUCCCACGUGCUUACAGGCGCUAAACGCUGGGAGGGUCGCAAGUUUCUCGCUGUCAAAACGUUUCGUGUUAGUCCACACUUUCGGCCGCGAAGUGUGGAUUAACGGCGCGUUCCCCCCUUUCCGAUGCGUGUUCGCGCGAAUCGCGACCCAUUGACGGUGCCCGUUGGAAUGCAGUGGGACGGGAUGCGCGAACAUAAGCUGCAACUAGGCGACGCUACUGCUCGCAGCAUUCGCGUCGUCGGUCAACUGCCCGAGUGAUGUCACGCUAUAGUCGCCGAGGCACAGUGCGCAGCGCUUGCGUUCGACUGUUGCUCCGAGGCAACAGAAAAUUAUAGUUCCAGAGAUACGGUUCUUUUUUUUUUUCACUCUGUGCAAGCCUUCUUGUACCAUUUUCUUUAAAUGUUUUUUUUUUUCGUGCCUGUGGUCACAAAUGAGGGGGAAGGUGCUCAACAUUCGAAACCAAGUUUAAAUCCUCGAGUGUAUAUAUUUAUUUUCUGGCAGGUUUGGAUGGUGGUGCCUGUAGAAUGAAGGGGUGCUUAAUAAUUGAGAAAAUUCUGUAACUAACGUCGUCCGGUGAAAUUUUGCCUGUCGCAGCCUGUUUUUUUUUUUUUUUUUUUUUUUUUUUUGACAUCGCUCCUGCAUUAGAAGGCUAGUCCUGCGCACGUGCUUCAUUCUGUCGGCAGCGCUAGUGCCGAUUAUGCCGCACGUGGCUAUUUGUCCAAAACGCAGCAAUAAGCAUGCAGCUCUACUUUUAGCACGCCGCUCAUGGAAUAAUCGUAGAGGUUAGUUAGCUCAAUAGUUUCAGAAUUUCUGAGCGGUAUUUGCAAAUAGUGAGUCGUCUCUCAGUCGGUGGUGGCACUUUGUACUGAUUUCACAUUUGCUGCAAUGUCACUGAACGCAGUGAGUGGUGCAUUUUUUACUCUGUUCAUUCGCACUGGCACAAAGAUACGAUAGCACAAUACCCGUGCGUGUGAUCAGUGACGGCAUAUUUCGGCGAACUACAACAAUCAUGUGCAUUUCGCAUAUGUCAGUAUACAUUUAACGAUUUUUUUUCUUUUUUUGCUUAUCGAAGCUACACGUGUCUCCUCUCUCACAACAUGUUCUCGGUCAAAAGGUGCGUAAACAGGCUGGAACUUUUGUUUGGAGCUUUCUUGCACCCCACCUGAUGGAAGACGGUUCGCUAAUGUUGUUCUUACCAGGAUUGAAUGUACGCCGAAAUCUCUAUCGGCCAACCAACAAAGCAUCAGCAUUUCAUCCUCACUACAAUGACGAUCGCGAGCACGCGGUCAGCAUGCUAACUGGCUAACGCUCUCCACGGUGCAUGAAACCCAUAACAUAUCGCUGUUGCGCUUUGUAUUCAUUGAAGCACCAAAUAAUCAUUCAUUUUCCUUCCUCUUUAGUUUAAUCUGAACUUCCCCACACACAAAAAAAAAUUAAUUGAGAACGAGCAUUUCGUCGCUACGACUCUCGAACAAAAAUAAAGCACGCAAACAGAAAUUACUUUUUUUUUAUUCGUUUCCCCAGUUAUCAUAGAUUUAAAAAAUAGGCGCGAACUAAUUGUGGACGCGAUCACAGAUGUUGUACUGUAUAGCAUUCUAAUCCUCUCACCAGAAAACGCGCCAAAUAUUGGUCGUAGGACUUUCAUUCUUUUUUAGUGAUGGCCCGCAAUUUCAAAUCAACUCACGUUCACACGACACACGGGCCUUUCCGAAGAGAAAAGAUCAUACAAAUGUGAUGUAGCGGAGGCAAGACCGAGCGUAAUACUUCCCCGUCGCGGAACUAUUUUUUUUUUUUUUUUUUCUUGCUUAACACGCAAGAACAUAAGAUAGCUGGGCAGAAAAGCCACCAUUCCCAUUCGAACGUCUUCCUAACCGCUGAAAUGCUCAAACACUGUACUUAGCACAGCUGCGCAAGGACCGCGCGCUUGAAGCCAGAGCACCACAUAAAUGUUGAGCUACGUUUUCAUUUCAAAGUCUGGCCUUAUGAAAUCAUACACAUUGAUGAGCGCCACCGCAUGAUACUUGUCUUGCCCAUUUGUUUGUACGGGCUGUCAGUACGUCCACUUCUAUGACGUCAGUGCACAGAACGCAAAAACAUUUUGUUAUGUAAAGCGAUGUUAGAUCAACGUUGACGACCGGGCAAGAGCGAGGUUCAUCGUCAUGUGCAGGCGACGCGCGUACCCAUACAAAAAGUGAGCGUCUUCUUUUUUUCUUUUUUGAUGGAAGGGGCGGCUAUUCGAUGCACGUAUACGUGCAUCGAACGUACGCAUUUAUGAGUGUUCAGGCCAGCUUAGCUUGAUGCACUCUGACGAGUGCCCACGCACCAGAAACACGCGCUUACUUACGUGCGUACUGACUCAUCUGCGCAAAUGAGGGAGAGUUUCGCUUGGAAUGUACAAAAUUAAAAAAAAAAACAUUUAUACAAUGUCACGGCUUUUCCAGCACAUGAACGUUCUAAGAGAUGCCUCGUUGUAAUCAUCAACUGGUUGUUUAUUGAAGUCGCAUUUAUAUGUACCUAUAUAUGUCGUCCGCAAGUGCACCUAGUGCACCAAGGCGUGUACAUAUUAUAUAUGUGCGCUCUUUAUCUCCACGUUAUGUUCGAGUCGCGGUGUAAGAACCAGAGAUGAUCUAAAUGCUUCAUUCGUGUUGGGGCAGCUGCGCUAGAUAGAAAGCAGGAACUCCCCUUUUUUUUUUUUUUUUUUUCACUAUUAGCAACUGUGAGCUGAAGGUUUGUCCACGCCCAUUUCAAUAUCCGACUGUUUGCGUACUUAACGGUCUUGGCCCCAUAACUGUUGACUGCUUUUGCAGACAAGUCGCUUCGGCUGGACAGGCGGCCGUUUGAACUAUACAGGGUGUCCCACGUAACUUAAGCCAAACAUUAAAAAUAUACAAUGCCACGUAGCUGGACAGAACCAAGGUAAUAUUGUUUGCCGUCGCUUGGAGAUGCUCAGAUUAUGUUUCUUUUCCCAUUCCGCUUAAUUAGAUGAUUAGUCUUAAUUAACUUCCAUAAUACUGUAAUUAGAUGAAAAACGUGAAUGAGAAAAUUGUAGAGCAACAUGAAAAACUCCCGCUACAGCUUCCUGCUGCUCAAUACGUGUUCCAUAAAAGUGUGUUUUCCGAGCGUGAAAGAAGCCCGCAAAUGCACGCAAAAUUGCCGCGCCACUCGCCGCUCGAGGCACCUUGCGUGUUUUCGCGGGCUUCUUUCACGCUCGGAAAACACACUUUUAUGGAACACGUACUGACCAACAGAAAGCUGUAGCGGGACUUUCCAUGUUGCUCUACAAUUUCUCAUUCACACUUUCCAUCUAAUUAUAAUAUUUGAGAACUUUAUUAAUUGCUUGAGACUAAUUGUUUAAUUAGGCGGAGUGAAAAAAUAAUCAGAGUACCUCCAAGCGACGGCAAACAACAUUACCUCGAUUCUGUCCAGCUACGUGGCAUUCGCAUACUUUAAUGUUUGGCUCAAGUUACGUGGGACACCCUGUAGAUACUCGGAAAGAAAACUACACGAUAUUAUAGACGUAUAGCAUUAUAACGCGCGCAGCUUACGACCGAUCAGAUCGCGAGCUGUGCCUCACCAGUGUGGAGUUCUAAGAAGUUAACUGCUGUCUCCAAUAAUAAUUAAAAGAGGUCUGUCAUUAGCUAAACGCAAAGAAAAAAGAACUCGGUGCUGCAUGCUGCGCAGAUAUCGAAAAGUGAAGUUUCACCGUUCGUCCGGCUCGUUUUUGAGCGCUCCGCUACGCCGUCGGAGCUUCUGUUAUUCUUACACCCCGGCACGAACUAGAGAUCACCCUUCCAUUAUUAUCAACAAUGUGCGCUUCGGGAACGCCCUGUAUAUAGAUGUUGACGCUUCUGAAACACUCCCCGUUGUAAGCUGCACCGCGCUGCAGGCCGACCAACUCGACAUGUGAAUAAAAGCUUUAUUUAUCGA